CGCUCGGCCUGCUCUCCACCUCUACCUCGACCCCCGACAGCUACGGGCUGAGCAGCACCCACCCCGCCACGCCGGGCCUGGAGCAGGUGCGGACGCCCAGCAGCACGUCCGCGCAGGACGAGAUCCACCCGCUGGAGAUCCUGCAGGCGCAGAUCCAGCUGCAGCGCCAGCAGUUCAGCAUCUCCGAGGACCAGCCCCUGGGCCUGAAGAGCAAGAAGGCGGAGUGCGCCGGGCAGAACGGCGACGGCGACCUGGGCGCCUGCUGCCCCGACGGCGGCAAGGGCGCCAUGAGCACCAUCGACCUGGACUCGCUGAUGGCCGAGCACAACUCCACCUGGUACAUGCCCGGCGACAAGGCCCUGCUGGACGGGCCGGACGAGGACAAGCCCGUGGCGCCCUGGGAGAAAGCCAAGCCCCAGAACCCCAGCAAAGAAGCCCACGACCUUCCCCAGAACAAGACCUCAGCCACGGCGCAGACGGGCAGCCACUUGCAAUGCCUCUCCGUCCACUGCACGGAUGACAUGGGCGACGCGAAGGGGCGGACUGCGGUGCCGACGUGGAGAUCCCUGCACUCGGACAUCUCCAACAGAUUCGGGACAUUUGUGGCUGCCCUGACUUGAACAAAAGAGAUUAUUUUUUCCCUCUUUUUAAUUUUAAAGGGCCGCUACUGCUAGGUGGACUAUUUUUCUAGGUUGGUACCUGCUUAGUGGCAUAUGGACUGGAAAGGGUUAAUUUAAAGUAAACCUCAAAUUUUUUUUUUAAUCUUCUGCCACAGUAUGUUACCAGUGUUAACCCUUCUGCAGUUAGCACACUUUUGCUUAAGAUUUUCCUGCUAGAUCAUUUCCCCCCAUUAUUCUGUAAUCUUGGCAUACCUUUAUAGAUGAGGCCUUUUCCUUUUUCAUCUCAACGUAUGUCCAAGUCAUGUAUGUCAUAAUAAGACAAAGAUACUACUUCUCCUUCUUCUUUUUUUCUUCUUUUCCUCUUUUCUUUCUCUCUUUUUGCUUUGUUCAGUGCUUAUUAAAAUGGAAAUCCUGAAGAAUAGCAGUUCAGGAAUAAAUGCCGGUUGAAGUGAAAUUGUCAUCAUAAUAUUAUAUAUUGACACCAAGUUUUCGUCAGUCACGUGCAAACCAAACAAUUAAUGCUCGAUUAAGUAUUCAGCCUGUGAUUUUGUCUUUCCUGAGAGAAUUAUUUUUGUUAUCAAGAGUACAUUCAGCCUUCAUCUCUCUCUCUCUUAGGUGGAAACAGCUAUUCAGUGCAUUUGCCCAGAUCUAGCGUUGUGUUCGGAACGAGGGGACCGCGCUCAGGCAGAAGAUGGCUUGUCAGAGCCGGUCUAACAGGCAGUUUUCAGUUGUUGGUUUUUUUCCUUAAAAAAAAAGAAAAAGAAAAUUGACUUCCCUUUUCUGCCCACAACUCGGGUCCCAGUGGAAUUGGUUACUGCCUCCCCUCUGCCUGGGGAGGAUGAGGGGCGCCGGUCUCUGGCUGAAGUUGCUGGCAGAAGAAGGCGAGUUGCAAUGUCCCCUUAUCUUCUCCCCUGUAAAGCAGGGGGUCGAGGAAAAUGUGUCGCCAGGCUGCCUUCGGCAUGGCCUUUCCCCUCUGGAGCAACUCGGUGGUGACGUGGUUGUGAGAGAGCUGCGACAUCCUCCGCCUGGUCCUGCCUGCUCCCGGCGUGGGCGGGAGCCAGCACCGAAGCGAAGCCCCGAUCCUGCGUGUGCUGCCGGCGAGGUGGUCGGGCUGCCGCUGUCCUGAGCGCGGUGGUGGCUUUGGUGCCGUUCCUGGACGUGCCGCUUCGGAUGCGGCGGCGCGUGCGCUAGCCAUAACCGUGCAAGUGCAAGGUUGGACGUUGGCAGGAGGGGCACCAAAGCGGGAGCAUGCGGGGUUUCAUCUGUCGGUGGCAGCACCUCUAUUGCUAUCCCUCUCCAGAUCGGGUGCUCCUGUGUGCCCGAGGGUAGUGCCUUCUAGUCUGUCCGGGGAGGGUGAAGCCAGGUAGACCCCUUGAUCCUUCUCGUCACCGUUAUCGCGUGUUGGAAGCACGGUAUUAUUAGAUGCAUACAAUAAAAGGAAAACCAUUCUUUCCUGCCCUUCACAGAUAAUGCGCAUCUGGGCAGAAAGCUGGAAGCAAACCAGCUCUGAACAAAAAUGCCUCGGUGAUCUGAUGCUUCUGUGGUUUUAUGUAACGCUGCCUAUUAUUUGUGUAGCCUCGGUUUACAAUGCGAGAGGCCAGCCCCACCCUCCCCAGACCAGCUCCGUUUCCUCCGCUUCCUCGCAUUUCGCAGCAGCCCCGGAGGGUUAGUCUCGCCCUGAAAUGAAGGGCUCCAAUAAAGACCUCUGGAGUCUUGCGCCGGUUCCCCCGGACUCUCCGUGUGCCCCUCCGGAGAGCUGGACUUGGAAAGCAGCUUGGAUUUAUCAGUUGGAUUUUAAGCAGACUUCCUUACUGACAGCAGUGGCGAGGGGGUUCUGCUCAGAAAACUUUCCGUGAAACAUAGACCCAAAAGUCUUGCUUGCAGCCAGAUGCGCUUUCAAAACCCUCCCGAGCCCUGAAGGUGGGCUGGGGUUGUUGUCACCUUCCCUUCCUCCUCUGCUCCUUGGUGUUUAACAAGCUCUCCUUGGCUUUACACGGGAUUAUUUUGCCUGUUGUAUCAGUGAUUUGACUUUGGGUAACUUUUGCGAAGGUUUGAAUGGGACUUGUUUAUAUCUUGUCCUGGCGCUGGGUUGCUCUUGGACUGUGCGUUUUUGGCCCCUUUGAUAAUUCCUGACCGUGGAGUGGAAGAGAGAGAGACAGUCACUUGCGUCUUUCUCUAGGCUUGGGUCUCGAUGGGAGGCGCAGAGCCUCCUCUCUGCCUCUGCUAUAGGUGUGAGUCUGGCGCAGAAUAUCCCCAGACAGAGCAGUAGCUGAGCAGCCCCCCACCUUGGCCAUUGUCCCCCAUUCCCAGGCAGCCCGGCCCAGUUCCUCGUGUCUCAACUCAGCAGAGGUUUUAAGGAUGGUUGUAAUCCCAUCUCUGUUCAGCAGAUCGCUUCAGCGUGUGCUUUGCUUCCAUUAAACUGUGAUGAAAUGCAAGCCUCGGCUUAGCCGGGGCGGUAAGUACCUAGCUGAAUUGGGACCACGGUGAGCUGAGCUGGGUGCCGGGCGUGUGCGGUUAUGGUGCAGCUUCCAUGUUUCACGUGUGAGGCUACCCCCAUCCUGGAGCAAGCCCCGCUAGCCACGUGCACAGCCCUCCGGUACCUCAUCGCAGCUCUCAGGAGUGAAAACCGGGCCGCAGUCGGCAUCCUCCUGGCGUUCCUGGACCUGCCUGCGGCAUGCCUGCCCCCUCCUCGGCGUGCCAGCCCAGGGAGCAAGGUUUCCCAGUGCCCUCGUAUCGGAGACGUGCCCUGUGCCAGGGUUAUCGGUCAGCACUGCAAAUAGCCUGCAGAGAAAUUCCUGCCCUGGCCAGGAGCACGUGGACUGACUGAGGGACGCAGUUGCUCUCCUCCUCCUCCCUUUCCUGGCUUAGUCGGUGCAAGCCAGUGCUUCCACCCCAGGGCGAUGCUUUCCACGCACGUGGGGCCUGCUUCUUCCCUUUCUUGCACUGGCUUCGCUCAGGAGGGAGCUCCCCGAAAGUGGAUUUCCGUGGGAAGCGAGAUGCUGUAGGCCCCGGGUAUCUGGAGGCCGAGGGGUAGGUCUCGGCUGGUGCAGACGGUGGAGCCGAGGCAGCUCUGACCGCUCUCCCCUGCUGGACAUCCAUCCCAAAGUUGGCGGUGCUGUUGGGUCAGUACACGAGGAGAGGGCACUUUGGGGAGGAGCAGGGUGGAAAUGAGAUGCUGCCACCAAACCAUGUAUUGCCCCUACCAGUUUGCGAAGUGAUGAGACUCUGCCUAAGCCCACGGCUAGUUUUAUUCUGGUCUCACCAGCUGGAGCGGUUCGCUCUCACCUGAGCAGAAGGGUGGCUGUCGGUGCCCUUCCUUCUUGCCAAAACCCUGGUGCGACUGGGCACGUCCAGUGGCCGACCGGAUCGUCCUAGCUUUGCGGCUGGCCCUGGUGUGUUUGGCACCGAGGCCGCAUGCAAAGGCUACGUGUUCGCUGUCGAGCGUUUGUCACCCGCAGUACGUUUUUCUUGCCCGUGUUCUCUGUUGAUUUGAUACGAAAUGCACUGAUUUUUCUCUUCUUUUCUUUUUUAAACAUAUAGAAAAUAUCAGCCAAGCACUGUAUGGUAUGGUUAGAAAUCAAAUGAUUUCAUUUCUGGAAAAAAGAGUGGCUUUUUGUGUAGGAUUGGCUUGUAGGAUGUCGUGUCGGAGCCAAAUAUCGCUGCUCCUGCUUACCUGUCGGGGAAGCUGAGGUGCUAGGAGGGAAGUGAGCCUGGAGAUGGGCGUAAAGCAGACACAUGGCAGAGCUGAGACAGCGAGGCCCUUUCCAGGUGUUACAUUUGUUGCGGGCUAGAUCCAAGCUUCCUGCAGCAAAUGGGAACGUGCCGGGUGUUAAAAGACCUUGUCCGGAGGAAAAAAGGGCGAAUCUGGCACAGCAACAGGGGAUCAAACAGCAACUUCUGUGUCGUGCCAGGACAAAUGUAACAUCCGGUCGGGUCUCAGCAGGGAUCUCCUGACUCCUAGCUCGGUGCCCAAACCUUGGGUCAUCCCUUCAGGGCGGCUUUCGACAUGCAUGAUGCAUAUGAAAACGAUGCGAGCUAGAAAUGCUGCAAAAGUCGCUGUCCAAAGCCCCCCGGAUGUUGAAGCUCAGCUGCCUGUUUGCAGGAAUUCAGGAGCACCGUUCGCUGAGCAAGCCAGGAGUUUUGUGGUGGAAGUGCGCUGACCGGGUGCACGGGCUUUGCCCUACGUGGCAAGCAACGGCUUCAAAUAAAUCUGCGCAAUAUUUGUGCUGCCGCAUCCCUGCUGCCUUGCCUCGCCUCGCAUUUCCACAUUUUACACGGGCUUAGUCCAGGCGCUAGUCUAGAUGGCGCAUCUCUGAGCUCCUGCCAUACGAGGGUCGGUUCUUCCCGACAGUGCUUGCUGAUGUUUUUGGUAUGCGGUAAAAGAAACGUCACGCUGAUUAAGUUUAAAUGUAGUAGCCAAUGAAGUAAAAUAUCAUAUGUGUUUAAGUUAUGAGGAGUGAUGAGUAAUCUCUUUGCCAAAAACGAAUGAAUAGGCCUUAUUUAUUAAAUGCUCUUUGGGACUUGAACCCAACGAGGAUGUAACCUGGGGACGUGUUUUUUCUGCUAGUACGUGUAGUUGUCAGAGCAUCAGCGACACAAGGCUUCGACUCAUUUUUAUAUAACGAUGCUGAAUUUCGGCCAAUGUGUAAGGCUUUCAAGAUUCACGUGGUGUGUUGGGUGAAGGAGAAAUACGUGAACAGUAUGCCAUCUACUUCAUUGAGUGGACUUGCUCUGAUGCCAUAUGUCGAGGUGGUCAUCCGAAGGGUAGCCGACCUUUCCACAGCAGGAAAUUGGUUCCAAAGCUUUCGGGCACAACGCGAUAGCUACAUGUUCACAAACUCCUCAAAGAAGUGCCGUGUAAUAUGACCACAGGUCUCCUAAAUGCUCUGGAGGAAGUCACAUUUGCUCUAAUAUUUAAAAAAAAAAACCCCAAAAAACAAAAAAAAAGCGAAAGAAAAAAAAAAAGCAAAAACAAAAAAACAGGAUUCGUAUUUUUUUUUAAAGCUGCAGUGUACCGUUUUCUUGAAUUCUAGAUUCACAGCUGUUCAAUGGAUGGUGUAUGAGAGCAUAAUCCAUUUUUAUAGAAUUGUUUCUCCUUUAUUGCUUAAGGCUAAUGGAAGAAAUAGUCUAAUUUUGUCUUAGAAUUUCUCUAUUAAAAUUGUUGGUUUGAGUCCAUCCGUUCAUAGAUCCUGACUGAUGAAACUGCAGGCUGUGAAUUCCGGCAGUUAUAACUUUAUCACUAUUCACUACCCAAGAAUAUUACAGCUUUAAAACAGCCUUAAGCAAAAGGAUGUUAUUUCUUUGUACUAAAUUUGGUUCAUGGAAAAGAAAAAAUCAAAACACUGGUAAUCCGUACUGCAUAGCAAACUCUUCUGAAAAAUGUUAUUGCACAUGUAAAAUAUGAAAACUUGACUCUGCUGUGUGUUAGGCAAUCCUGUAAUCUUUUAUUUUUUUUGACUCUUGUUAAAUUCAUUUCUUAAAUGCUUGGUUGGAAGACUGUGACAAUAGCUCAUGAACUUGAGUGUUAUUUUUCUUUCUUUUUUUUUUUUUAAAUAUGUAAAGUGCAGUCUUCUGUAUUCAUGCAUAUUGUAUAUAUCUGUAUAUGUUUUACUGAGCAACUAAAUAACAAUAAAUAUGAUGUUAAUGGUG